AAACACACAUUUCCUUAAUCACUUCCAUCCAAAAUGGCUUCCUCAAAGCUCUUCACAGUUGUUCUCUUAGCUCUCUUUCUCCAAACAUCUUUUGGAGCCAAUCCUCUCUACCAUAUCUGUUCAAACACUGAUAAUUUCACAGACCAAAGCCCAUAUGAAUCAAACCUGAAAAUUCUGAUGAACUCACUCAUCUACAAGACCCCUUCAUCAGGCUUUGGUGUUGGGUCAGUGGGCCAAUAUCAAACCCAACAAGCCCAUGGGCUCGCUCUCUGCCGUGGCGAUGUCUCACCCUCAGAAUGCAAAACCUGUGUCUCUGAGGCAACCACAGAAAUCCUCAGCCUAUGUCCUCACAACAAAGGUGCUAUUAUAUGGUAUGACAAUUGCAUGUUCAAGUAUUUGCACACUGAUUUUUUUGGCAAAAUUGACAACACAAACAAGUUCUCUUUGUUGAAUGUGCAAAAUGUUACUGAUCCUAGCACAUUUAACUACAUGGUCAAGGACUUACUGAGCCUACUUUCCUAUAAAGCUUCCAUGGACACAAAAUUUUAUGCUGAAGGAGAGCUAAAGAUUAAUGGAGAAUCAGAUAAAAUUUAUGGGUUAACUCAGUGCACCAGAGACCUUUCUAGCGUUGAUUGCAAGAAGUGUCUUGAUAAUGCAAUUGGUGAACUUCCAAAUUGUUGUGAUGGGAAAAAAGGAGGCAGGGUUGUUGGUGGAAGCUGCAACAUUAGAUAUGAAAUUUACUCAUUUGUUAGGGAGUAGACUCGAAUUUUAUGGAUUGAGCUAUGAUAAAUAAAAUAUUUUUUUUUAAAGGAGCUAUGAUAAAUAAAAUAAGUACUGUUUGA